AUGACACGACCCGGCCUCGUUGCCACAACCACAUCGCUGCCGCCGCCGCUGCUCCUCGUCCUCGUCGUCGCCGCCGCAGCCGUCCUGCUCGCGCCGACGCUGGCACUUCAGUUGCCGGCCAACGAUGCCGGAGAGGCUCUGCAUAAUCUCGAGUCGUUCUAUGCCAACCUCGAGCCCCUCAUUGACCUGCCGCGCCUCGGCACAGGCAGCACCCUCGUCUCGACGAGCCCAGCACCUGCGCCUCCAGCCUUGGCACCACCUGCGAUACCCCUCCUCGAACCCUCGCCGUCGUCUUCCACGUCCGUCGCCUCGUCCGAACCGCUCCAUGCCAUCCAGGAUGCCGCUGGUAUCGGCUCGUCCGACAUGCGCGCCCCAAUGUCGCUGAAACGAGACCGACCCGGGGGCACACGGUGGCGCACCCCCCCUAAGCCCACCGAUCACGUCGGCGGGUACGGUCGCAUCCUCUACCGCUUCCCCGAACUGGCCAACAAGGUCGUCGAUGCGCUCUGGGAGCGGGCGAGGCGAUUCAAGCCAGACGAGCUCGUCCUCGAGGACUGGAUGAUCACGCUCGACGUGCCCCAGGUCGACAAGCUCGGCUUCCCGGACCAGGCGACCCUCAGCAGGUCGCAUCGCUCCCUCUCCCGCUUCCGCGAGGGCAAGAUCAAGCCCCCCAUGGUCGAGGACCUCGUCAUCGACGGGUACACGAUCGGGUUCGUGACCGACCUGGCGGCCAGCCGGGCCGAGCCGGGCUUCAAGGUUUACACGGUCGUCGCGGUGCCUCGACGCGGGGUCGAACGGCGAAAGGCCCUCGUCGGCACGCUCACCAUCGAUAACCGCCUGGACAAGCUGCCCGACCCUGCAAAGGCUCGCACCUACGUCGUCGUCGAUGGCGUGAGGAUGAGCGUCAGCAGGCAUGGUGCGACAACGGACGGCGGUAGCAGCAGCAGCAGCAGCGGUGCGGCAGUAGUGCCUCGCCGAGUCGCGUAA